GUAGUCUUUUUCCUAGGUCUGACAGUCAUUGGAACUACCGAGUUACCAUGGGGCCCUGGGGAGAGCCCGAGCUCCUGGUGUGGCGCCCGGAGGCAGUGGCCUCAGAGUCUCCAGUACCUGUAGGACUGGAAGUGAAGUUGGGGGCCCUGGUGCUGCUGCUGGUGCUCACCCUCAUCUGCAGUCUGGUGCCCAUCUGUGUGUUGCGCCGGCCAGGAGCUAACCAUGAAGCCUCAACCUCCCGCCAGAAAGCCCUGAGCCUCGUAAGCUGCUUCGCAGGAGGUGUCUUUCUGGCCACCUGUCUCCUGGACCUGCUGCCUGAUUACCUGGCUGCCAUAGAUGAGGCCCUGGGGGCCCUGCAUGUGACGCUCCGGUUCCCCCUCCAGGAGUUCAUCCUGGCCAUGGGUUUCUUCCUGGUCCUGGUGAUGGAGCAGAUCACGCUGGCUUACAAGGAGCAGUCGGGGCCCCCGCCUCGGGAGGAGACGAGAGCUCUGCUGGGAACAGUGAAUGGUGGGCCGCAGCACUGGCAUGGUGGGCCAGGGGUCCCCCAGGCAAGUGGAGUCUCAGCAGCGCCCUCGGCCCUCCGUGCUUGUGUCCUGGUCUUCUCCCUGGCCCUGCACUCGGUGUUUGAGGGGCUGGCAGUGGGGCUACAGCGAGACCGGGCUCGGGCCAUGGAGCUGUGCUUGGCUCUGCUGCUCCACAAAGGUAUCCUGGCGGUCAGCCUAUCCCUGAGGCUGCUGCAGAGCCACCUGCGGGCACAGGUGGUGGCUGGCUGUGGGAUCCUCUUCUCGUGUAUGACACCCCUGGGCAUCGGGCUGGGUGCAGCUCUGGCAGAGUCAGCCGGGCCACUUCACCAGCUGGCCCAGUCUGUGCUGGAGGGCAUGGCAGCUGGCACCUUCCUCUACAUCACCUUCCUGGAGAUCCUGCCACAGGAGCUGGCCGCUUCUGAGCAGAGGAUCCUCAAAGUCAUUCUGCUCCUAGCAGGCUUUGCCCUGCUCACUGGCCUGCUCUUCAUCCAAGUCUAAGGGGCUCCAGAAAGGGCCAGGGGAGGUUGGGUGGCAACCUCUCUCCCUGCUCCCCCCCCUCCCGCCUAAGUGUAUAUAGAAUAGGCAGGAAUGGGGAAGGGAGGCACUGAGGACCAAAGAGGUCUCCAGGAGCUAGGGUCGGAGCCUUUGGGAGCCAUAUAAUCAGUGAGAAGGAAGGGGGCAGACAAGGCCCAAAGGACAAGAGAUGACUAUAAUCAAGAGACUUAGGAUUAGGGAAGACACUGACUGCUAGGAUCAGGGGUGAGACACUACACACAAAGGCAAACUGAUAUCCAAGAGGCUGGGGGUGGGCACCCAACUGCUGUGUAUAGAGAGGGCAUGGUCCCAGCGUUAGCGGUCCAGUUGGUUCUAGCCCAUUUCAGCACUCUGCCACUUGGAGUGGACCCCUCCUCCUUUUCUUAUCUCCUACUCUUGUAUCUCCCUCUUUGGUUUUCCCAGGGGGCUAGUGCCAAAAUGGCCUCUUCCUGUCGGUUUUGAUACCUUCUCUGGCUUCUCCAGUCCUGUUCCCUCCUCUGUUUUCAAAGUGCCAAAUAAAUGCCCUCCCUCUUUCUCAAAGCACAGUUAUGGCACUGAGCCUUGCCCAGCACCUCAGCGAAGGACCUGGGGUGGGGCAGAGAUGUUUGUUGGGCUGAGUUGCGGGGGAGGUUGGCAGAGCCUCCUGCGGCUGCACCCUAGGGAUAACAGGACAUGGACAUGGUCCCCAUGCCCAGACGAUAAACACUGAGCUGCCAAACUUUUUUAUAUCAGAGGAGCCUAAGGGGGAGAAGAGGGGAGGCUCACCCUUGGGGUUAUUUUUGGGGAGGGAGAGCUGUGCGUUAAGGGCCAUAUUCUCUAGAAUCUAUUUUACUAACUGACCUGUUUUGGGACAUGUUACCCAAAUAAAAGCUGUUUCUGUAA